AGAAAAUAAAAAUCCAUAAACACCUGAUAAUUUUUUUCCAGUACUGCAAACUGGUUAAAAACGUAUAAAUUGUAGAUUGUUAGAAAGUCAGGUACAAAGAAAAUAAACCGUGGGACAUUAUUUGACGAUUGCUGAUCAACUGUUUCCUUAAAGCUGAUCCCCAAUGUAUUGAAGCUCAAUUGAAUUUCUUACAAAAUGCAAACGAUAAACUGUUACGCACUCAAAUGGUGGAUAUAAGCAAGGAAGUGCAAUUUCCUGGCGGAUAUUUAAAUGGGAGGUUAACUAGUUUGGGAGUAUUUUUGGAUUUUAACUGCAAUCAGUCUGGAUACAUUUUGAAUAAGGCUAGUGAAAAGCAACUCUACAUUGGGAAGCAUAAUUGGCUCAUAGUGGACAUGGAGUCGAAUUAUAAGAAAUUUCGAAAGCAGUUUGAAGAUACAAUGAUGGCUAUGGAUGCACAGAUAACUUAUGCUAAAAUAGAUACAGCAAAUUUAAAUUCAUCAAAACUGUCAUUUUUACAUUAUGAUGUUUACAACAAUGGGAAAUAUUUGGGCGGCAAACUUAAUAUAACUUUGAACAAAAAAGUUACAUGUGGUGUAGAAUUUUGUGAAACUAAAUAUCUAUCAGAUCUUGAGCUGAGAUCGAAAACUGGGAACCGCUGCAAUUUGAAUGACACAACUUUUCGUAUAUCAACUGUGUCAGCUGAAAUUUCAUUGAAUUCAUCUACAGAAGUCAUAUUGGAUUAUCUUACUUCAGAUAACAAUACCCAUAGAGAACCUUUAUCGCGUUACAGUUACAAAAUUGUUUACAUUCUUCAGCAUUUGAUGCACUACAAAGUUAGUUUCAUCCAUCGAGACAAGUGGAGUGCCAAUGAAACUGCUGGUGGUUCAUUUGGUGACUUACCAUCUGGUAACGCUGAACUUUCCGGUAGCGGCUACGUUUCAACUGAACCACGUUUGAAAAUCAUAACUGUCGUCAGUCCAAUUGGUGAUUUUAAAUCAAUUUUCAUUUUUCGAACACCUCAAAAUCAAGGACUUUUUGGAGGUGUUUUUCUCAGCCCUUUCAGUACACCUGUAUGGAUUGCAUUUGGUUCUGUCAUUCUGGGAUUUGGUUUUAUACUUUGGGCAAUUUUUGCUAUUGAAUUUCAUAUAAAAAAAUAUAUUGAAUUCGUCCCUUCAUUGUUGUUGACAUUUCUCAUCUCCUUUGGAUUGGCUUGUUUUCAAGGAGCUGCCUUAAUUCCAUGUACAGCUGGUGGACGAAUUGCAUUUUUUUCACUGUCAGUUGUAACAUUCAUUAUGUACAAUUAUUAUACAUCGAUUGUUGUUUCGUCGUUGGUUGGUUCACCGAUAAAGUCGAAUAUAAAAACCCUGUCACAAUUGGCUGAUAGUAAUUUGGAAAUUGGUUUUGAUCCAAUUAUUCAUACAAGAGUAUUUCUGAAUGUCUCAAGCAAUCCGGGUGUCAAAAAACUAGUUAAAAAAAAAGUUGCUGGUAGAUGGUCAUUAAAUUCUGGACUUUGGCUACCUGCCAAAGAAGGAAUAUUUAAAGUUCGUGAUGGAGGCUAUGCAUAUCAUUCGGAAGCAUCAACUUCUUAUUACAUGGUUGAAAAGUAUUACGAACAACACGAAUUGUGUGAUUUGAAUGAAGUUAAAUUAAGGACCGAAAGUACUUUGAACAUUAUGAUGGCUAAAAAUUCAUCAUACAAGGAAUUUGUUCGCUUAAGUGCAACACGAAUACGUGAAACUGGUAUUCUUUCAAAACAUCGACGUCACUGGAUGAAAACUAAACUGAGUUGCUUUUCAAAUAGUAUUUUGAUAAAUGUUGGCUUGGAAUAUACUGGACCGUUAUUUGCAUUUUUAGGAAUGACUUAUGUUUUAACAAUGAUUAUACUGAUUUUUGAAAUUGGUUAUCAUAAGUAUGCAGUUAAUAAUUCUUAGAGCACAAAACUUUUCUGAAUUCAUCUUUAAGUUA